AUGCUUCUGCUUUGUCUCUCCGUCGUUGCCACCGCAGCCUCCGAGGGUAAAACUUCGUCGGUCGAAGACGGCUUGGUGGUGAACGGCGACUUCGAGACUCCACCGUCGAACGGGUUCCCUGAUGACGCCGUUGUCAAUGACCCGUCCGAGAUCCCGAGCUGGCGAUCGGACGGUACCGUGGAGCUGAUCAAGUCCGGUCAAAAACAAGGCGGGAUGAUCUUGAUCGUCCCUGAAGGUCGUCACGCCGUUAGAUUAGGAAACGAUGCAGAGAUCAGUCAAGAACUUACGGUUGAUAAAGGUUCGGUCUACUCGGUCACGUUCAGUGCCGCACGCACUUGUGCACAGCUCGAGUCUCUAAAUGUGUCUGUGGCUUCGGAUGAUGAUCCGAUCGCAGCGUCGCAGAUCAUUGACUUGCAAACGUUGUACAGUGUUCAAGGUUGGGACCCAUAUGCAUGGGCGUUUGAAGCGGAGGUUAAUCGAGUCAGGUUGGUUUUUAGGAACCCUGGCAUGGAAGACGAUCCUACUUGUGGUCCUAUCAUCGACGACAUAGCCGUUAAGAAGCUUUUCUUUCCUGAUAAACCCAAAGACAAUGCAGUGAUUAAUGGAGAUUUCGAAGAAGGUCCAUGGAUGUUCAGGAGCACGACGCUUGGUGUUCUGCUUCCGACAAACCUAGACGAAGAAAUAUCGUCUCUUCCCGGCUGGACGGUCGAGUCGAACCGGGCAGUUCGGUUUAUCGACUCGGACCACUUCUCGGUACCUGAGGGAAAGCGAGCUAUGGAGCUUCUAUCGGGAAAAGAAGGCAUAAUUUCUCAAAUGGUUGAGACAAAGGCAAAUGUUCCGUACAAGAUGUCUUUCUCAUUGGGACACGCAGGGGACAAGUGCAAGGAACCUUUGGCCGUAAUGGCGUUUGCCGGAGACCAAGCACAGAACUUUCAUUACAUGGCGCAAGCGAACUCAAGUUUCCAAAAAUCGGAUUUGAAUUUCACCGCGAAGGCCGAACGUACGAGGAUCGCCUUCUACAGUGUUUAUUACAAUACGAGGACGGACGAUAUGAGCUCCUUGUGUGGACCGGUGAUUGAUGACGUAAGGGUUUGGUUCUCCGGGUCUAGUAGGAUUGGAUUUGGGAGGUUUCCGAUUUUCCUUCUUCUCACAUUGUUUUUUAUUAUCUAA